UAUGUGGGCGCGUGCGUGCGUGCGUGUGGCCCAGGCGGCCGCGUUGGUGGUGGUGGUGGUGGUGGUUGUCUUGUUGGGUUGGUGGUAGUUACGUACGAGGGAAGAAGGGAUAACUAGGUCAGUUACACGGUAGAUGAUGAGAUGGAUGCAGGAAAGGAAAAAGGAAAACAACGUGGUUGAGAUGUUGUGUAGCAUAGUAGCAUAGCAUUAGCAUGAUGCGGGAGAGCAAUGACUGUGUUGCGAAACGGUGCGAUACGAAGACCAACAGCGGGCCGGUUCUUCGUCUGGCCGGGCCGUUUUGCGGUGCGGUGCAGUGGUCUUUCUGGAUUCAUGGCGUUUUUGGUGUUGUUGCAGAAGGCGGAGAUGAUGACGGAGAUGGUGGUGAGGGUGGUGAACCGUGAGGAUUAUGAUGAUGGUGGUGAUGAUGGUGAUGAUGCGGCGCUGCGUUGACUGGCAUGGCAUGGUCGUCGUCGUCGGUAAUUUCAAGGCUGCACUUCGGAGGUGCUGGGGAUGAAAGGGG